CCUCGGACACGACUGCCAUGACGGAGCUCGACGCGGAGACACCAGCGAAGCGCUGGACCGCUCUCGCAGACGCGGACCUCACUGAAGACCUCAUCCACGAGCUCCUUGAUGUCAUCCCCGACGACCUAUGGGUCGCAACUGCUUGCGCGGACCGCGUCGUCGAUGAUAUCGACGUGCAGCGCGUUCUUCUGGAGACCGGCCUCGCGCGCACUGAAGGCGCCGCUGAGCGUGUCAAGGGCCUUAUGAGCAGGGGGGACGAUGAAGGAAACCCAGCUGGAGAAGAGAAUGCAGAGGCACUUGCAGCGUACUUCCGCGAGGAGCCGAAUGACGUUCGCCUAUGUGCUAUACGCCGGUCCCUUCUCGAACGACAGGACAGACUACAGGACUACCUCGACAUGUGUGCCGAAGAACCACAAGAGGAGUCCGAAUCUGACGAGGAAGCUCUAGACGACUGGGAGGACGACCCUUGGGCGGCGGAGCAGGAAGCAGAGUCGUCCACCUCCGGCGCCAAGAACACCGAUCUCACAUCCUCCAUCCCAUUCCUUCCCCUCUCGACAUUCCUCCUCAACGACCUCGAGCAAUCAGCACUCCUCCUGGCGCUUCAUUGUCGCUUUGGUGCAUUGCGAAUAUUGAAUGAAUGGCACGCACAAUACCUGUGGCCAUACCGCUUCCUCAUUCUUAAUGCCAUACCUGAACAUAUUCAACCUUCCGAAUAUCGACAUCUUCUACCUGCGUUCAGCCUCUCGGACGAAGCAGAAACCCAGCCAGACGCGAAGACACGUCGAUCAACCGUGGACGUCAGCGAACAACCCAUUGUUCACAGUGCCGUCGACUUCAUCGACUCCGCACCGUCUUCGUCCACUUCUAUCACGAGUACACCCCUCGACUUAUAUCCACAUUCCUCCGCCGAGCUUGCACAAUGGUUCAGAGCACGCGUCGACAAGAUCAUGGUAUCUACUGGCAUGGUCGACAUGGCUUUGUACCUCGUACAGCAUGGCGCGUCGCAGGGUAUAGCAGGCCUUGACGAGCUCGGCGAAGACCUCAGCCUCUUCUCCCGUCUUGUCUACGAUGCACCACGUCCGGAGGACUGGACAGAGGAAGAUGAUUGGACGUUCGAGCAAUGGCAGAAGAUGCAACCUCCCGAGGUCAUCUCUGCCUUCCUCAAGCACUCUAUCCAGGAGACGGUCGCGCACGACAUCUCCCAUUUCGUCAUGCCCUAUCUCUACGUGCUUGAAUCUCGCGCAGAGCGUGCAGGCCAGCCAGAUCCCACCAUACGGACGCGCCUGCUCUACGACCAUGUGCUCGCCGCGCCGCUCGACGUCGCUGCUGCCAUCUUCGAGGCAUCGAAGCCGACAUUGCCUACCCACCAGCGACUUGUCUCCAACGACGAGGACAUCGUGCGACUCGCGCUGGCAUGCCUGUACGGAAACAGCAGCAUCGACCAGUGGUCCACGAUGAGCAGGAUAUUCGAGUGCAUGCCGGCAUGGGACAUCACGCGCGAUACCGGUGGCGAGGACGAGGCUGACACGACGAUCGCGUCCUUGGGGGCCUACGUGAAGCCCACGACGUCACACACCACUAGCACGCCUGCUGAGCUCUUCGUCUUCUUCAAGCCGCUGCCCGUCAUCGCUUUAUCACGAGCCCUCGACGUGCUUGACGUGCACUUGGAGGGCGGCGAGAUCCUGUCCCGAUGGAGUGUCGCAGCGCCAUUGCAGUGGUUUUUGCUCAGCAACAGCGAUGCCAAUGAACAGCGCGCUUGGGCGAACCGGAUGGCCCGACGGGCCGGCGGUGUCAACCCCAUCUCUGGCGUCGACGAUUGGGAGUGGCUGCUUACGGACAUGCUGAAGCUGGCUGGGAAGGGUGAGAAUGGCAUUCGCGGUGCUUUCGGGCUCCUUCCUCGGGAUGAAGUCAAGCGAAUAUUUUUGAGUGGGCUUCUUAGCUCGGGAGAAUUCGAGGUGGCAAAGACGCUCUUGUACAAGAUGCACAGGCUGCGCUUGGAUUCGAACACCGUCGAGGACGUUUGCUUGGCAUGCUCCCAAGAGUUCUACGACAACGCCAACUCCGGAAACUACACCUACGGCGAGAUGAAGAUGGCAUACGACUGCCUCUCCGUACCACCCAUCUCCGACCGCAUCCAAAAGGAGAAGGACUUUAUCGAGGCGACUUCCCGGCUAUCAUCUUACAACAUCAUGUCCCGCCCCGGUAUCCCCAUCACGCCCAUUGAGAUUCGCCUGACAAAGGAUCGCCUUUCGCUUGUCGCGCGCGUGCUUGCUACCAACGAGGAUGCUUACAGGCAUCCGGAGGUUAUCACGGAGCUCGUGCGCAAGCUUGGCCUCGGUAAUGAUCCCGUCUCGGAGGUGAAGACCCUUGCGAUGCUUGCGGAUAGCGCGAUGCAGACCGAGGACUUCACCCGCGCGACGGAGAAUGCGGAGCGGAUGGUGCGGUUGGUCCUCGACCUCCCGAUCCCUGCAGCUGCGCCGGAAGCGCGCGAGGCCCGGGAUGUCGCUUGGGCAGCGUGUUUCACACUCGGUCGGCAGCCCGAGUUCAAUGACAUCGGGAAGAAGGCGAUGCUUCUCGGUCGUGCGCUGGAGCUUUGUCCACCCGACCGGCUGUACGACGUGCUCACAGCAUGGCGAAAACUGGAGGCAGAGGACAUCGCCGCGCGCGAGGAGCGCCUAGCGACUCGACGCUCCGGUACCGUGGCUAACAUCCAGGAAGCCCGCAAGGCCCCCCUCGUCCUUGACCCCGUCGCCUCCCUCCGCUCUCGCCUCCACGACUUCCACAUGCCCUCACCGCCACUCCUCAACACGCCCGACGCAGCAGCUCUCGCCAGUCGCACAUUCAAGUCUGUCACCGCUAACUUCCCCUUCUCCGUCAGCAGCCGCGGGCGGUCGAACUCCUCCGUCGGCGGCGACCGCGAGGACAGCCGCAGCCGCGCAGGGACGGACGUGGGCGAGGUCAGAGAGCAGGCAUCCCGUGCAUUCCAGCGAGGCAUCGGAUGGUUGAUUGGUGCGGACGAGGAGUAGUAGUUAUAGCCUACAUACCGGCCCCAUGGACGUCCUACGUAGUGAUGAUUCCCGUAUCAGCGUAUGCAUGCAGCAGUCCGCUCAGUUCCUCGAAAUCACAUCUGCACGAAGCGAGAAAUCCAUUUCAACGAAAUGGCAGAUGCGAGUGACAGAUUGAGACAAAACGAAUAAAAUCGGCACAUGAGUGCGCACACUAAAGUACAUGUCGAAGGAG